CUUCAUAGUUUAAUAAAAAUGUCGCAUCAUUAACUAUGCGCAGCCAAAGAACCAAACUAUCGAAAAAAAAUUCUUUCCUAAAUUUUCAAAAUCUAUUAUAACUUGAAUAAUACCUUUUUCAUAUUUCCACUUGAAUUAGUCCAUUCAAUAAAUCAACAAGAAGAAGAAAUGGUUCGUUACGCUGCUACCUCCACCAACCCAGCUAAGUCCGCUUCUGCUCGUGGUUCUUACUUAAGAGUUUCUUUCAAGAACACCAGAGAAACUGCUCAAGCUAUCAACGGAUGGAAAUUAGACAGAGCUCAAAAAUACUUAGACCAAGUCUUAGAUCACCAAAGAGCUAUUCCAUUCAGAAGAUACAACUCCUCCAUUGGUAGAACCGCUCAAGGUAAAGAAUUCGGUGUCACCAAGGCUAGAUGGCCUGCUAAAUCUGUCAAGUUUGUUCAAGAUUUAUUACAAAACGCUCAAGCUAACGCUGAAGCUAAAGGUUUAGAUGUCUCUAAAUUAAAGAUCUCUCACAUUCAAGUCAACCAUGCUCCAAAACAAAGAAGAAGAACUUACAGAGCUCACGGUAGAAUUAACGCUUACCAAUCUACUCCAUCUCACAUUGAAUUAACUUUAACUGAAGAAGAUGAAGCCGUUGAAAAGGCUGUUGAAACCAAGAAAGUCAGAUUAAACUCUAGACAAAAAGGUAGAUUAGCCACUCAACAAAGAUUGACUGCUGCUUAAACAUUGGGUUAAACAAAAAUGUUACUAUUAUUAUUAUUUCUUAAAUAUAUAUUAUUAUUCUACUUGUUUAAUCUUUUUAGCAUCAAAUAGUCAAAACCACAACACCCCCCAACUUUCACACGUUCAUAAAUUAAUACACGAUUGAGUUCAAAACUUGUUUAGUAUUUGUUGUAGCAUUACUUUGUAAUUUGUUAAAAUCUUUGAAAUAUUACUAUCUGGUGACCAAUAUAAUUACCUCUACUAAACUGUAUAUCUAUAUGAACUUUUAUAUAUAUAAUAUAUAUGCUCU